AUAUCCCAAUGAAAUUACAUGAGAAGAUUAAACAAAUAUGCCGUAAAAUUACACAGACCGUCCUGCUUAGGCGUAGUCGGAGGGCAUUGCUUCUCUACCAGAAGUUGCCACCGAUAAUAAAUACACGGAAAAUGUGGAUUACGAAUACAAAUGUUUUAGCUGCUUAUCCAAUUUCGGUCGGUUUGUUUAAUUUCCAAAACUGCAGUAUUUAUGUCACGCUGUCGUAUUCUGUUUGCUGUACCAACAAAUUUCCUCAGGGUUUCUUGGUGUGGCAAUAAAGAUGCUAUUCUAUUCUAUUUACCAUUAGUGACGUUUGAUGUCGCUGCAUCUUCUCUUAGAAAUGAAGAGGGUGACCUCUAAUUCCGAGUCGUCUUGUCUUUGUGUUAAUUUUAGCACUAAUCUGCUUUCCAAACGAAGCAAAUGCCACAAAAAUCACACGGCUGAAUAAUUACACCUGCAUAUACAUGCGGCCAAAUAUUAUAUACCGAUUUAAACGCUUGGUCGAUAACGCAAUACAACGUUUAAUUUAAUCACGCAUAAGUUAUUUAAAAUUGCUCAAUUUUAGAAGUGACAGCCAUUCAUUUAUUGAGAGGCUUCGCCUCCUUGCGUAUGAGGAAUUGAUCCAGCGAGGCGGCUGAUGCAGGCGCGAUCGAAUAAGGAGGCGAAGCGCUUCUGCCAAUCGGCUUCACCGCUGCGCCGCGAUCAUCUGGCGUGUUCCGGUCACGAUGCCUUGUUUUCAUCGGCCGACUAUAUCCUUCAUUUGCUAGCGUAAAGGUGAAUGAUGCUGCUUGACGGAUAUGCCUGAUUUCUCUCGCUAAGGGCGAGGGAGCAUUUGUGUUUAACCAGAUGGCGGCGUUUGGAGAGCUUCUAUGCAAUUGCUUGGAAGGUUGGGAAUUUGAACGGAAGAUUUGUAAAAUUAAUUGAAACGUUCUCGCGUUGGGAUCGAAGGACUUUUCCCUAAUAUUUUGGAAUUUUAGUGCCCAUCCUCUGAUUUUCAAGACACGGACUGGGUGGGUGUGGCGGCGGGAUCGCCAUGGAUACAGGCUCCCUGGUACGUCAGGUGGAGAGCGUGGAGCGCAGCGUGGCGUUCCUGCGGCGGGAGCAGCUCCUCCUGCUGCAUGGCCUGCACUUAGAGAUCCUGUCCUUGCAGAAGCGCUGCACAGAACUGACCCGGGAGCUGAACGUGAAGCCUCCAGGAAGGACCCAAGCAGAGAUCCAGGAGGAGGAGGAGCAGCUGGAGGCCCGGUGUCGGGAGGUGGAGGGCCGGCUCGGCGAGCAGCAGCGCACUCUGGACGAGCUGCGCACAGAGCUGAGCCACAAGGGGGCGCUGGUGGGUGCGCUGCGGGCCAGCCUGAAGGAGAAGGAGCGGAGCUUCCUGGAGGAGCUGAAGCGCCGCAGCCACCGGAGCACGGCCCUCGGGGCGGAGCUGCAGAAGCAGACAGAGGUGGCGGCCUACCUGUCCUUCCAGUUACACGCCGCCCGGCAAAGUCUGCACCAGCAGCAGCUGAAGCUACACCCACGGGCAGCUGAAAGGCCUGCCCCAGCUUCUCCAUCUCCCUCCACCAGCACCAGACCCAAACGGCGCCACAGGCUGCCCGCACAAGUGCGGGCGGAGCGGGCACGGGAGUGCGUGCCCCGUGAGAGGGUGACGGGCCCGGCGGAGCCCACGGCCAUGCCGGAUCCCGCGCUCUUCCUUCACCCCCGCCGGCACAGGUCACGCCAGGGACACAGACAGCGCAGGGAGAAGCAGGGGGCCGAGCAGCCGGAGGACCUGGAGGAUCAGGUGACGGGCCCCUCGGCCACGGCGUCCUCCACUGCCACGGAAACGGAGGCCGAGUAGCUGUACCGUGACUGUGCCCGUCCCCGUAACGCCGUCACCGCUGUCAUCGCCGUCGCAUUUGUGAAUCUGUCCUGGCUAGCUUCCCUAAGCUUGUCACUCAAACGUCAAAACUUGGGAUGGAAAAUGAGCAUGACCAACGGGAGUUUCACAGCACUAGCUUCGAUUUUCAUUAUUUUUUAAUAGCUAAAUGUAUGGCCCCACCCCCAGACACCCGUUUGCGUCUCUCUUAACCUUUACGUUUGGGUUCUUUGGACAGCUCCUAAUUUUCCUGAGCAGUGAUGGAAAUCCAACAUCUCUUGAUGACGGCACUUGCAGUCUGUGGGCCAGGGGCUGUGUGCAUUUCCUGUUAGCCAUAUUCAGAGGACAGGCAGAGAGGCAGGUAAGAGGAUGCAAAAAUCCUGCUUACCUGGGUGUACGGUAUAUAUGCACUUAAUUAUGGGAGCUCGUCAUAAGAUUGAAAAUGUGGAACAGUAAUCUGUUAUAUCUGAAAUUAACUUCACCAUAAAGUUGUAGUAGUAUUCAACAUAAUUUUAUUGGGGAGGGAAUUUCACACAAAAAAAUAAAACUCUAUAACUUGUUUAGCUAGCUAGUGGGUUAGCUAGAUAUGAUACACAAGGGACCCAGAUCCAUCCAUCCAUCCAUCUUCAGUAAAUGCUCACCACCUUUAGAUUAAGGCCAACCCCGAGCCUAACCCCGAACCUAACCCCGGAAGCACAGGGCAUGCAGCAGGGUACACCCUAGAUGGAAUGCCAGUCUAUCACAGGGCAUGCGGCAGGGUACACCCUAGAUGGGAUGCCGGUCCAUUGCAGAACAUGGGUCCAGCCUGAUUUUGGUUACACAGGGGAUGCCACGUCUGCUUACAGAACUCACACUCAGUUCAUUUGUGAAAAGCUGAGGUCUUCACUGCAGCAGCCAGCACUGCAGAGCCAUACUCCCAUGUGAAUGUGUGUGUAACCUGCCUGGCACAAUGAUUGGCAACUGAUUCAAGAUGCCACCCAGUGGACACAUCUGGUGUAGCAGCUGCACCCCAGUAGAUUAUAGGGCUGCUAGUUUUCAAACUGCGGGUAUUUUAGGUGUUUGAUGUUAAGAGGUUUUGCUGUAGAAUUUCAGAACUUGUAUCAUUAAUGGGUGAAUUAAUGUAGUUUGACAUAUUAAGUCUAAUCAAUAUUAUAGGAAAGCUUUUUAAAAACUAUUUAGAGCAUUGUAUCAUAGAUAAUAGCAAGGACUCUUAUAUGCAGUGCAUAUUUUAUUUAAUUAAAUGAAAGUAAUUUUUACGGGAUGUAUAAUUUGGGAAAUCCAAGGAUAGGUGCAGACCUGUCUGAAAUGGUGACCACACCUUCAUUUUCAGUAGGACAAUGUCCAUCUUGUGGUGAAGUAAAAACCGUCUGCUGCAGGGUAACAGCCAAGAUGGCGAGCAGGACCUCAUCAGACCUCGAUGUUAAGGUGUCACGCCAUGUGCCUGAAUAUGUCAUCAUCCAUCUCUCCCGACUUUUUAAUAUUAUUGUGUAACACUUUCUGCGCCAUUGCAAGUUUCAGCUGAUAAACAUGAAAUAACUCUUGAUAA